UGAGAUACUAAGUCAUUAUUUCGAGAAAAUUUGUCAUUAUAAUGACUUAAAAGAAUCUUUUUUUAAUCACAAGCUUUCAUCUUAUGUUUUUGGCGGAAAUGGUCAUCCACAGCACGUCAACGUCAGGCCGCGUCACCUCAUUAAUAUUCAUGAGCUGAGCCUUCUCCACACUGUAGGAUUGGUGACGUCACAGCGGGCUGCAGGAUGCAGACAGCUGUUCCUCUGAAAACACACAGAACACCCUUUAAUGACUAUUUAAUACAACAUGCGUGACGGGCAGGCGCGCGUGCACGAUGCCUGAUCGAUCGGCUGCGUGUGAAACUAUCGAUUCGGCUCCUGGAAGAAGUUUAUCUGCUGUUUCACUUACAUAUGAGGAGAGAGAGAGAAGCUAACAGGCUAGCUGUAGCUAACAGGCUAGCUGUCAGUGUGAUGGCUGUGAGGAGGUUUUAAUCAACUAGAUCAACAUUGUCUCUGUGGUUGUACUGGGGACAGAAGACAGUAACAGGAGACAACAUGGACAUGCUGCUGGACUUUGAGGAGUGUGUCUCAGACUCACCUGAGUUCAGAAUGAAGCUCGAGCUGUUUGAGGCAGAUGUUUCUGUGCUCGAGACACACCUGGACAAGGUGAUGAAGCUAUGCGGUAAAAUGGUGGAGGCGGGACAAGCGUACAACGCAGCCAAUCAGCUGUUCCUGACCGGCCUGGCUGAACUCUCCAUGUACCACAAGAAGGACAGCGUCAUCACCAACUGUCUGAACCAGUUCAACCAAGGCCUGCAGGAGAUGGUCAGCUUCCACACUAUGUUGUUCGAUCAGACUCAGAGAGCCAUCAGACAGCAGAUGACCAACCUCUGUACACAGUUCCUGCCCCAGCUGGUGGAGACCAGGAGGGAGUUUGUCCGGAUCGGGGAGGAUCUGGAGACGGCAGCGGUGAAGAACGCUCAGGUGUCUCGCCACAAAGCUGCCGACGCCGAGCGGGCGAGUCACCUGCUGCUCGCCACGCGCAAAUGCUACCAACACUUCGCCCUGGACUACUGUCUGCAGCUCAAUACUUUCAAGACUCAGCAGAGAAUCGACGUCCUAAACUCAGUGUUCUCCUUCGUCCACGCUCAGUUCACCUUCUUCCACCAAGGCUUCGACCUGCUCCGGGACCUGGAGCCCACCAUGAAGACCAUGGCCGCACAGUUAUCGCAGUCGUCGUCAGACUGUGCAGCUAAAAGAAAAGAGCUUGAGAACAACCACCUGCUGGUCCAGCAGAGAGAUGCGUCGGGAGAGCCGAUGGUCAGCCCGUGUUCCGGGAGUGAUGACAUCAUCCAGGGUUACCUCUUCAAACGCUCCAGGAGGAAAUCCAAAACCUGGAAGAGAUGCUGGUUUUCCAUCAGAGACAACCAACUCAUUUACAGAAAGUCCCACAAGGAGGACGCCGUGGUUCUGUUUGAGGAUCUCCGACUGUGUGCCGUCAAAUCUCUGGAGCACAUCGACCGACGUUUCUGCUUUGAGCUGCUCUCCGUUCAGAAAUGCUGUGCUCUGCAGGCCGACUCGGAGCAGCUGAAGCAGGCCUGGCUCAGCGCUGUGCAGGGCAGCAUCGACCUCGCCUACAGAGAGAGAGCCGACACUCAGCUCACACAGCCUAAAGAGCUCCCCCCUCUCCUGUGUGGCGGGGACUCCUCCCCGGGCCCCCCUGCCCAGAGACACCCGGUGCUGGGCGUGGCCCUCAGGGGCCCCGGUAACCAGCGCUGCUGUGACUGCGGGGAGGAGGAUCCUCGCUGGGCCUCCAUCAACCUGGGAGUCACCAUGUGCAUCGAGUGCUCCGGCAUACACAGGAGUCUGGGUGUUCACCUGUCCAAGGUGAGAUCUCUGACUCUGGACUCAUGGGAGGCUGAACAGCUGAAGCUGCUGUGUGUUCUGGGAAAUAACGUCAUGAACCAGAUCUACGAGGCGCGAUGUUCAGAGGAAGGACGAGUCAAACCCAGAGCCGACAGCCUGCGAGCGGAGAAAGAGACGUGGAUCAAAGAGAAAUAUGUGGAGAAGAGAUUUGUGAAGAGCAGCUCAGAUGGAGCUCAUGUUGGGAAGGGCGAGGCCGGGCUGCGUCUUUAUCGGGCUGCGUUGGCGGGAGACCCGGUUGCCAUGGCAGCAGCAUUGGCCCAGGGGGCGGAGGUCAACGGGAGCAUCGGCGAGGAGGGGGGGCGCACGGCGCUGAUAGGAGCUGCUGUCGGGGGGUCGCUGUUGGCCUGUGAGUUCCUGCUGCUGAACGGAGCAAACGUCAACCACCGAGACCUCAGAGGACAGGGAGCGCUGCACGCCGCCGCCACCGCCGGACACACCGGACAGGUGUGUCUGCUGCUGAAGAGACGAGCCAAUCAGUACGCUGUAGACGAGAGAGGACAGGACCCAUUGGCCAUCGCCGUGGAAACAGCCAACGCUGACAUCGUCACUCUACUGCGGAUGGCCCGGAUGAAUGAAGAGAUGAGAGAUUCAGAAGGAGUCUUUGGAGCUGUGGGAGACGACGAGACCUUUCAGGACAUCUUCCGUGACUUCAGCGACAUGGCGUCCCACGACCCGGAGAGGCUCGCCAGACGGCAGUUCAGCCACGGCGGCGAGGAGGAGGAAGAGGAAGAGGAGGGAGGAGGAGGAGGAGGAGGAAGAGGAGGAGGAGGAGGAGGAGGAAUGGUGAACAGCCAACACAGUGUUGAAAAGACGUCAGAAUGACAGAAACCGAGACAGGAAGCCCGUUGGACCGCAGACCCUCGUCACUGCAGAACCACUGGGUUACCAUGGUAACAGACUGGACGCCCAGCGUUCAUUUUAACAUGUAGAAGAGUUCACUGACAGCUUAGACUACAUGUGCUGUAAGAUGUGAUAUUACGUAUACCAGUGAAAGUACACGUAUGUCAAAACAGUUGCUGACAGUUUGCCGAUGGACUAAUCGUCUCAGCUGUUGGAGGAAGUGUCGUCCUUUAGCUCAGACGUGUCAUCAUGACAUCACGACAUCACAUCUGGUGUGUUACAUCUAUCUAGCGCUCCCCUGCUGGACGUGUUUACUGCGUAGUGGAAUGUUGCAUCAUGGGAUAACUCUCCACUUUUAUUCUUUUGUUUGUUUACAUUUUGUCAGUUUAAAGUUACGACGGAGUAUUAGGGCCACAUUGAGGAAAUUCGAGAAUAAAGUCGUAAAAUUUACGACUUUACGAGAAAAACGUGCGCAAUA